AUGGCUCAAUCGACCGAUCAUGUUGUCGACCAGGUCGCCCAGCUCAACGCCGCUCGAAGCCUCGUCCUCGGUGAUGCCGCCCUCUACCCGCAGAUCGUAAACGGUAUCUUGCCCAUCGUCGGAGCCAACGCUAGACUUGAAUUGCGAAGAUGGGGCGCAGAUUUUCUAGCAGAGACUUUUGCCAGUCCAAUGCUAGCUACGGUGCAGAAGCAGGAGCUUGCGCCGACGGUCUUGCAAUCGAUUCAAGAGACCUUAGCUCUGCCUGAGACGGACACUGCAGUGUUGUCGAGCUUGGUGCAGACCUCUGCUAGCUUGUACCCCCUCAUAUUCCGCCACAUUGUCAACCACCCGGAAGACAGCAAGACGUGGGAAACAAUGAACGCGGUCAAACAAGAGAUCCUCCGAAAGAUGGAUUCGUUCCCAUGCCCAGCCAAGAUCUGCUCCGUCAAGUUCCUACAGCGUGUUGUCCAGGUUCAGACGCCUGGUUUGAUCGCGGACCCCAGACGACCCGAUCAGAACGAAACUUCUUUGGCUGUCGUCCCCCGAAAUCAUGCCCUGCUCGCCAUUCCACUCUUAGAGGCCGAGGCAUCGGGCCUACUUGACCGACUCCUCGGUGUAUUCCAAGAAGAGACAAGUGACCCUCUCGUCGUCAAUGCGACGCUGAACUGUCUGGCACCUUUGAUCCGCACGCGCCAGUCGAUUGCGAACAAAAUUAUUCAAACAAUCCUGGACUUCUUUCCCGCCAAACAUGUCCGUCCACCAUUCACACCCACUGUUCGCGUCGGCGUCAAGUCUAUGGAGCGCACAGCUCGAGCUUUGCUGUUCAAUGUGAUGAAGAAGAACCCCAGCAACCCGCUGAUGGGCAAGAUGCAAGCCUAUAUCGAGCGCUUGAUGCAGUCCCGGCUUGAAGUCACUGAAGAUGCUUCUCGGAAACGUGGACUACCAGUUGAGCCGACGGAUGGCCUGGACAACGCGAAGCGGGCCCGUCUUGAUGCGAUGACGCCGCCACUACUCAAGAUUCCACCUCUUCCUCCAGGCCCAACCAGCUAUGACCAACUAUUCACCUUGACCCAGGAUAUUGGUCUUUCCUCCUUUGAUGUGAAGCAGCUUCCUCCCGACCUAGUGGUGAAAAUCGCGGUCCCGCUGCUAGCUCAAGUAAACCCGUCGAUGCUUACCCAAGCUGUCGAUGCUAUAAGAAACCGAUAUGAGACCAUAACGAAAGAACAGAACUUGAAGCGGCAACAGCUAUACCAGGCCGCUACGGCUGCGGCUGCGGAUGAAGAUGAUGAUUACGAGCCCGACUAUGAACCCCUGGAUGUUGGAGCCGAUGCUUCAGAGGAGGCUAUCGCUCUCGCAGCAGAAGACGCAGAGCUGGAGCCCGAUCUGGUAUCCUUGGGACCUUUCGUUCUACCGCAGCCGCCACCAUUGACCGAAGAAGAAGCUGGUGAUGUUGGCCGUAGCGCUGUUUCCCGGGUGUUUGGCAUGAUCGAUGCUGUCGAAACAACUCCGUCACCUGCCCAGAGCAAGACCCAACAACAACUGAGCUUCGCACGACUGGCCGGGAGCACCUUCGACCGAGAUGCCUGGGUUAUUCUCCUCACUCGUUUGGCUACUCGCGCCCCAGCUGGUCUGGAGGGCGGUGAUAAAUCCAAAGGCGAGUUGGCUACAGGCAAAAGACAGCCAACCAUCUCAGAUUCCAUUCGGGAGACGCUGUAUCGGUAUAUCUUGGAGGACUUCCGUGCUCGGCUCAAGAUUGGAAUCACCUGGCUCAAUGAGGAGUGGUACAAUGACCGGGUCCGGAUGAAGGCGGCUAAUUCGGACCGUGGAGAUGAAGACGAGGAACCCACUGUUGCGCUAUUCUAUGAUACUUGGGUUCUUCGUCUCCUGGACGGUUUCCUGCCUUACCUUGAUUCCCGUGACAUUAAGGUAUUGGUGCGAUUCCUCAGCGAGAUUCCAGAGGUCACUAUCGCCAUUACGCAGCGGGUGGCUAGCUUGGCUAAAGAUCCGGAACGUGUGAAUCUUACCGUGCAGGCUUUGAUGUAUCUGAUCAUGUUCCGGCCUCCAGCACGAGAAAUGUGCCUCAACACACUAGAGGACGUCUACCAGACUUACGAGGAAUCGCGCCCCGCAGCUGGCAAGGUCCUGGCCAGGUGGCGUCCCCAGGCCCUACCUGCUCCUACCGAGACGGCUCCGGCUGCUCCCCAGGCGGAAGUGCAAGCCCCACCAACUGCAUCAACAUGA